UGGAGCUGCAGUUGCUUUGGGAGGCUGGGUCAUGGUGGAGAGUGGGUCACUGGCAGCCCCUUUCCAGUUUCUGGAGACUGCACCGACCCCUGGAGUUCAAGGCUGCAGCUGGGACCCAGCUGCCUGGGGAGGCUGUCCCCAGCCACAAGCCUGUGUAGCCCAUGAAGAGGUGUUCCCUGGUUGGAGUGCCAUCUCCCCCAGCUGCACCCAUGUCCUGCUAGUGUCACCACAGCCUUGUCUGGGCUGCACCUGAUUCAGGCCUUGGCUCUGGAGGCAGCAAGCUGGGUGACCCUGCUGGACAGAGUGCACUGUGUCCCCAGGAGCCUCAUGGCUGGAUCAGACUGACUGUCCCCCUGCCCUGCCCUGCCCCCUGGAGUAUCUUGCAGAGAAGGGACCAGGUGAUAGGGUUGCCUGCCCUAGCAGGGCCUGGACUUGUUGCCCCAAGAGGUCCCUUCUGGCUCUACGUCCUGUGACCCCAACUGGAUUCCAUGAAUCAUUGUGGCUGCCCCGGCCGAGUCUCACUGGGGGUAGAGCCUCUGCCUCAGGCCUGAGCCCUGACCUGAGCUGGGGGGAUCGUGCUCUGUAGGGCCAGCCACAGAGUGGGCUUUCAGAUGAACGGGCCCAUCCCCAGUUGUCGGUGAGCUCAUGGGUUCAGCUCUUGAUGCAACUCCUGGUCAUGGCUGGACAGACAUGGCCCUGGGACGUGACACUGUGUGUGAUCUCUUCCUCCUGGACCUGGAUAUGAUGGGCAGAGGGGGCAGAUGUGAGGGAGGUCACACACACCCCAAUGGAGGAGGAGCUGGGGGUCGAGGCGGGCAUGGAUGGUGCUGUACAGUGAGCCAAGUCCUGCCCAGAGGAGCUGGUGCUAUCCAGUGCUGUACACUAUGCAGUCUCGUGCCAUGACCCCUGUGACCUGGGUGGGGCAGUGGUGCGGCACUCAGUGCAGGUGCCAUGAAAUCGAGUGGGUGAAGGAGAUUAAAGGGUGUGAGGCAAGGAAUAGUGGAAGUGGGAGGGGCCUGGAGCUGGAUUGUAAUUGUGCAGAGCCUGGAAAGCAGGCUGGACGCAGAAGAAGCUGGUCUGCAGCCAGGGUUAGAUUGGACUGGAGCAGAGCUGAGUCCUGGGCCCGAAGGAGAUGGCGCUCUCCCUCUACCACCUGCUGCUGGUCCCCACCCGCCUGCUGCUGAAGCUCUCCAAGCUCUUAGACUGGCUGGCUGUGCGUAGUGCCUCCUACCUGGCGGCGGCUGCCUACUGCCUGUGGGUGCCGUGGUUGGUGCUGACCCAGGCGCUGUGUCGAGCCUUCCGCUGGAGGGUGCGAGAGACGCCACCACCGUGCCUUACCAAUGCCUCCUAUGGGGAGCACCGCUACCUGCAGCUUAAGAGCUCAGGGCUGCGUUUGCACUAUGUCACAGCUGGCCAGGAGGAGGCGCAGCUCAUGCUGUGUCUGCACGGAUUCCCCCAGAACUGGUUUGCCUGGCGCUACCAGCUGCAGGAGUUCAAGAGGCAGUUCCGGGUGGUGGCGCUGGACCUGCGGGGCUAUGGGGGUUCAGACGCCCCGUGCGGGAAGCAGCAUUACCAGAUGGAGGCCCUGCUGGAGGACGUGCAUGGUGUCAUCCAAGUGCUGGGCACCAAGGACCAGAAGGGCUUUACCAAGUGUAUCUUGGUGGGGCAUGACUGGGGUGGCGCCAUUGCGUGGGAGUUCGCCGUGAAUCACCCCGACAUGGUGGAGAAGCUCAUUAUCAUGAAUGCCAUCCACUCGUCCAUUCUUAAAGAGUACAUAGCCUGCCACCCCUGCCAGCUGCUGCGCUCCAGCUACAUAUUCAUGUUCCAGCUGCAGAGGCUGCCUGAGCUGCUCUUGUCUUUGGGUGACUUCCAGGUGUUGAAGGACACUUUGGCAGGCAGGAAGGGUGGAAUCCAGAACCCCGAGCGGCGCCUGACGGCACAGGAGCUGGAGGCCUACAUAUUCGGCUUCUCCAAGCCCGGAGCACUGACACCACCCCUCAAUUACUACAGGAACAUAUUCAGCAGGAGCCCUAUGCAGUGCAAGGACAUGCUGGUGCCCAUGCUGGUGAUCUGGGGGGAGAAGGACGUGUACCUGGAGGCUGGGAUGAUCCCCCUCCUGGAGCAGUAUGCGCGCAAGCGCUGCCGCGUGGAGCACAUCCCUGAGGCCAGCCACUUCGUCAGCGAGGACCAGCCCGACAAGGUCAAUCAGCUGAUCUGGAGCUUCCUGCGGGAGAGUGACUGAGCGGGUCUGGUGCCAUGCCUGGGCCCCAUUUACUGGCUUGGGUGUGGCAGGGCAGGGACCUGAUCCUGGCAAACCAGCCCUGGACCCUCCACUGGGCCAAGUGCCCCCACGCCCCUGCACAAAUUGGUCUUGUGCAGCUGGAGAGCAGCAGCUGCUGGCCGGGAGCCCAGCUCUGAAGGCAGAGCUGCCGUUAGCAGUAGCACAGAAAGAUGGUAUGGUAUGGUAUUGCCACCCUUACUUCUGUGCUGCUCCCUGCAGAGCUGCGACCUCAGUCAGCAGCUGCCACUCUCCAGCUGCCCAGCUCUAAAGGCAGCAGCACAGAAGUAAUGGUGGCA